AUGUCGCUGAACUUAGUAGAACUAGUUAAGUGUGCUAAGGAAGCAGAGUUAGAAGUUCAGGAGAGGGAAAGACAGCGCGAAUAUGAAGCGAACGAGGCCGAGAAGCAGCGUGCCCACGAGCUGGCCCUUGCUCGCGUGAGACCCGAGAACCUUUCACUCAAUGACAGUCGUGAUCAUUACCCUAAAUUAAGAAUGCCUCUAUUCACUGAUGGUAAUGAUGAUAUUGAUGAUUAUUUGCGUAGAUUUGAGAAAUUAGCUGCUUUGCAAGGAUGGAAUUCUAAUGAUUAUCAUAUUUACCUUGGCUCACUCUUGGGAGGUAAGGCCUUGCAAAUUUACGUAAGUUUGGCAGACGACAUUUUGAAGGAUUACAGUCAGUUAAAAGACGCGUUGUUGAAGGCGUAUAACGUUGACGCUGACUCAUACCGUAAAAAGUUCAAAGAAAGCAAAGUUGGUGAUACUGAGACUUACGUUCAGUUAAUUACGUGUCGCAAAGUUGGUGAUACUGAGACUUACGUUCAGUUAAUUAGUGUCGAAAGGGAAUACAACUCGUUGUUUGACUUUUUGAUACAAGACCAGCUGUUGAGUAAUUGCCCUCUUGACCUUCGCAUCUUUCUCAAAGAACGGACGUUCGCAAGUACAGUGGAAAUGGCUCAAACAGCAGAUAGGUAUCGUUGCGCCCAUAGAGCUGGUAGAGGUCAUAAAACACCUGUUAAAGAUGAAUCUGCUUAUAAGAAAGAUACGAAUGUUCCCCUUAAGGAUGUGAUUUGUCACCACUGUUCCAAAGUGGGUCACAUACGUCCUUCUUGCCCCGAACUUAAAUUCGCGAAACCCAAGACUUCUCAGAAAGUAAAUGCUGCAUUUAAGGCUAAUGUAAAUUACGAUCACGGUAUUACGUGUGAUGGAUCCUUAAAUGGCAAGCCAGUGAAUGUACUUUUUGAUUCGGGUUGCUCGUCAGUGAUAGUGAAGGAAUCGCUCGUGCCCGCCUCGGUCAAGCGAGGAAAGGUGGUUGCGCUGUAUGACUACCUGGGGGAGCGGCGCGAAUUCCCCACCGCACGUUGUCUGAUUAGGAGUAAAUUUCUGAAUGGGUGGUUUGACGUCGUGGUUGCGCCGAUAAAGUUCACGGAUGUCCUCAUAGGUAUGGUGCCGGGGGUCAAGGCGUCGAGCGUGAACAUUCCGAACACGAAAGCAGCCAAAACUCCUCAGAGGAGCGAAAUUAAUGCUGUUGCGACGCGGGCCGCCAAAGCGAAGGAAAAUGUCGGUCCUGACAAACUAAUUGUUCCCAGCUUCAAAUUUGAGAACGUCUCUAAGCAAGACUUCAUGGAUGCUCAGUCCUCUUGCCCGUCUCUAGAACACAUUCGUUCUAAGGAAAGAAUUAAAGCUAUUGUCACUGUUAAAAGUCGUUCGGUCAUUUCUCUCAUCGAAAGACUGCAGAAAAGGUAUUCCAUAAAUUUCUUUUGGCCAGGAGCAGGCGCAGAGAUCAAACGCUACUGUCGCUCUUGUCAUGCUUGCCAGAAAACGGUCCCUAAGGGCAAGAUCAGAAAGGCCCCCAUGGUUCAGAUGCCAGUCAUAAGCGAGCCGUUUUCCCGAGUAGCGAUUGAUAUCGUCGGGCCGAUCUCCCCGCCCUCGAGCCGAGGCCACAAGUAUAUGUUGACCUUGAUUGACAUGGCCACCAGAUUUCCUGAGGCAGUUCCUCUGAGAAAUAUCGACUCGUCUGAUUUGAUGGCAGAGAUCAACCGAUUACUUUCUGUUAAAGCAUUAUACACCAGUCCGUAUCACGCGUGUUGUAAUGGUACCGUCGAACGUUUUCACGCAGUGCUAAAAGCUAUGUUGAAAAAGCUCUGCAGCGAACGACCACAUGACUGGGAUCGUUACAUCCCAUCCGUCUUGUUUGCGUAUCGCGAGAUUCCUCACGAUACGCUAAAAUUUAGUCCGUUUGAGUUGCUGUACGGCCAUCUGAGAUCUAGAUUAGAACAAUCGGCUCAACUAGCAUCCGCUCAUGCAGACGUGAAUAGCAGAAUGUACAAGACGUACUUCGACAGGAAAGCUAGAGCUCGAACGUUAAAAGAAGGGGAUGAAGUACUUGUGCUGUUGCCAACUUCGCAUAACAAACUAACUGUUCAGUGGAAGGGUCCCUAUUCUGUUGUACGCAAGCAUGAAAAUGGUGUGUGCCAAGCUUGCGUGGUAGAUGCUUCUGAUCCCAUAGAUAAGAACGCUAAUGGCGUAUGUGAUAUCCCGAAUUGUAUAAUCCUGGUAAAUACGAAUUUAAUUUUAACUCUGAACUCUCAAAUGAACAAACCUCAGAGCUAA